CAGAGUUCAUCUUUUUUCCAUGCGUGUUUUAGUGGAGUAGCGGUGGCAGUGGAUUGUGGGGCAAAUGUUAAUAUGAGAAUACGUUACCCUAAUUCUCUUGCGUGUUUAUUUUUCGUCGUGUGUCGAACAUGUCUAAGGUGGAAGCAGCGAGGCGCGAGCUUACCCUGCUGAUCUACCGCCACCUGAAGGAGCAUGGUUUCCACUCUGCUGCAGAGGAGCUACAGAAAUACAGCCCACAGGGAGAGACACAAGUAACUGAGUCAUUAUUGGACAUCUACAGAUUGUGGUUAAGUGACAAGCAGCAGGACUCAGCCAAGCUCUCCAAACGAGAAAGGAAUAAGGCUGCAACAAAGAAAAAGGACAAACUUGCAAUCAAAAAAGAGAUGGAAGAAAAGAAGACUGUGCCGGCAAAAAGAAAAAGAAGUGAAAGUAAAUCUGGAGAAAAAGUAAUCAAGACAAAAAAUUCAAAGACCCAAACUAAAGCCCAGGCUGUGGCUGGAGACGAUUCUGACUCUGACGACAGUCUGGAUGUAGAUAAAUGGAAGAAACUCCUCCAGCAGAUGACAGAUUCAGACAUGGCCAAGAUGGACACCAUCAAUGCGCUGGACUCGGCUGUAUCACCACCCGUAAAAAAGAGAGUGAGGAAAUCCCGGGCAAAGCCUCCCGCAAAAACAAUUACUCCCAAUGAACAGAACACAGUUGGAGAGAAUAAGACAAUGGAGGAGAAAGCCAUUACAGAAACACCAACAAAGAAGAGUAAACCCAAGAAGAGUACGUCCAAAAAGAAGGCGCCUGUGAUCUCCUCUGCCGCUCCGAGCCAAGAGGAAAACAUCAACGCUGUAGAAGACAGAGCAGCGACGCCCACUCUUACCUCGUCAAAACAGGAUGAAAUAAAAGAUGUGACCAUGAUUGAAGAAAAAACUGAUGAGACACCGUCUGAGCCCAAGAAAAAGAAGAAGAAAAAGGAAAUGAGUGAAGAUAAUGUGAAGGAGAAUACAAAUGACACUGGUGUCGAAGGAAAAGAUGGCAAGAAGAAAAAGAAGAGUGGAGUCACUAGAGGGACACAGGGAGAUAGCAUAGAAGAAGAAAUCAUAGCGAGUGUUGAUAAUGUGGACACUUUAGAACCAAGAAAAAAAAACAAGAAGAAGAAAAAAGCUGAAAAGGUACAAGAAAAUACAGAGCUGAUAGUUGAGGAACCAAAAGAGACGGCUGAAAGUGAAGAAAUAUUAGAACAAAAAGUAGAAGAAAACGGGAAUAAUUCAGAAGAGAUACCUGAAGAAAAGAAGCAAAAGAAGAAGAGGAAGGAGAUUGCUAAAAAUGAGGAAAAUUCAGAGCAGAUCGUUGCAGAAAAGAAAGCAAAGAAGAGGAAGGAGAAACCUGAUGAAGACAAUUCAGAGCAGAUAGUUACAGAAAAGAAAGCAAAGAAGAAGAAAAAGGAGAAACCUGAUGAAGACAAUUCAGAGCAGAUAGUUAAAGAAGCGGAUGAUAGCGAGGAGAUGACGGAGCAGGUAUCUGAAGAAAAUACAACAAUGACAAAGAUAUCAGAGAGCGGUGACGGAGAGGAACAGCCAGAGCAGAGCACUGAGGUGAAGAAGAAAAAGAAAAAGCUCUUAUCAUUGGAAUAUAAUGACACAGAGCCACUGCUUCCACUCAACCUAGACACGCCAAGUCCUCCGACAGAGAAGAAGAAAAAGAAAAUCAAGUUAAAAUCAGCUGAUGUCCCAGAAACCCCUGCACGUUCUGUCCCAGACAGCGAACCUACAGAAACCAUCCAGACACCCUCAGGGGACUCAAGCCACAAAAAGAAAAAGAAAUCCAAGAGUCAUGAAGAUGUCUGAUUCUGCAUCCCUGGAAACGCAUCCUGUCCAUCUUAGUACUAGUUAUUUUUUAAUUGUCCUAAAGAUAGCUGUAAAAAACAACUAGUUUUCUAUUUGGAACAU